AUGGCUCUCGCUCAGCCUGGGGGCCGUCGCCUGCAGCCACGCCAGGCAGGGGGACAGGCAGCAGGGUGGGUGCCGCCGGGCAGGGGGGCGAGCGGAGCAUCAGCCAACCCACCCUGCCAGAGCGGGAACCGCCACGGCAUGACAUCCACCAGGGUGGCUUUGGGGGGAAGUGUGCCCGGAAGGGACGAGGGGGAACCGGAGACGACACCCCUCAAUGCCAAGGAUCCAGAAGUUGCCACACACGGAGGUGAAAACUCAUCUGGAAGAUGUCUGUUGACUCUGCUGGGUCUAGCGUUCAUCUUGGCAGGAGUUGUUGUUGGUGGAGCCUGCAUCUACAAGUACUUCAUGCCUAAGCAUAAGGUGUACCGUGGUGAAAUGUGUUACUUUGAAAAUGAAAAUCGUGAUCGUGCCGUCGAACCUUAUUUCCUCCCUAUUGCUGAAGAAGCUGAUAUUCGAGAGGAUGAUAAUAUAGCCAUCAUUGAUGUGCCUGUUCCAAAGUUCUCGGACAGUGAUCCGGCAGCGAUCGUUCAUGACUUUGAUAGGCUUUUGACUGCGUAUCUUGACUUGCAACUGGGUAACUGCUAUGUGAUUCCACUGAACACAUCCAUAGUUAUGCCACCAAGAAAUUUGAUGGAUCUCUUCGCAAAACUGGCGACUGGCUCUUAUUUGCCUCAGACCUACCUAGUCCGUGAAGAAAUGGUGGUUACAGAGGAGAUAGAUAAUGUGUCUGAUUUGGGUAUCUUCAUCUACCAACUCUGUGUUGGAAAAGAGACGUUCAGACUUCAGCGCAGAGACCAGAUAACAGGUCUGCAGAAACGUUCAGUGGAGAACUGUCACUCAAUCAGACACUUCGAAAACUCUUUUGUUGUUGAAACAAAGAUCUGUCAACAGUGAAAGGUGUUGGAUGGGAGGUGACUAGUUCACACCUUCAUUGAGAAGUCUGAGCAUUAGACGUCGACUUCUUAAAUUAAAAUGUGCAGUGAUAAUCAAAAGCCUUAUGCAUUUUCUGUGUAUUGCUUGUAUUUCAAAAGACAAAGUCACCAUUUCAGCUUUCUUUGAUCCUUGGUAUAACUUUUUAGUUGUCUCAUGUAAAACUUAAAUUUGAGUAAGGUUUGGUUUUGUUUUGUUUUUUUAGAAGGUUAAUAUCAGUUUAUCUGUUGAAUGUGUUUGAUUUAGUGUAAUCUGGGAAUGGCAGAAAAAUAUAUAUAUAUAUAAAAAAAGUUAACCAAUUCCUUGGCUGGAACCAAUUCUGUUCACCUUUAACUUUCACAGAAUGAUUAAUAUUGAUAAUCUGUGGUUUGCACAUCUUGUGUAGUUCUGUAGAAUAGCUCUGCACUCCGUAUCCUGGCUAAAAAACCUUCUGAUGAGUAUCAUUAAAGAUUUAUUUUAACUACCAUGUGUGAAGCAUGUAAAAUCCAACCUCCGUGAUCAUAAAUCUCUAACACUACCCUCUUUUCAUUUUGUGCAAUUACUGUAUUGAAUUCAUAUGUAUAUUUGGAACCUUCCCCGAGCUUACGUUUAAUUCUACCUUGGUUUGGUUUUGUGGUAUUUAGUUGUUAGAUUCCAAUAGAGUUGCUCUUAAAGCUUGUCAGUGUUUUUGGUUAUGACUUGGUUUAUCCUGUAACUUCCUAUUUCAGGAAUCUGUUCUGGUAUAGCUCACUUGUGAAUGUGACUGUAGUUGUAAACUUAAACUACUCUGGCUUAUAUAAACUUUUUAGAUCAACUUUUUAUGAGCAAGUAGCGUUACUACUGCAGUCAGAGCAUUGUUCCUUUUUUGAAAGCUGCAGUAUAAAGAUAAUGAAGAGUUAGUGUCCUGCAGUUGAUGAACUUGAGAGUUUUAUUAAGGGACUUUAUAUUGGCAUAAAUUCUGCAACCCUAUAAUAAAUGUUUCUCUAAAA